AUGCACCUACGACAAUGGCAGUUUGUCGAAACCACUACUUCAGGGCAACCGAUUCUACGUGAAAAUGAGAAGGAUAUAUACGUUGAACAUCAAGUUGGCUGUUACCAAGGAAAAUCCAAGAUCCUGGGGAAGCAGAAAGGAAGAAUAUAUGUUACCUCACAGAGAAUAAUAUACAUCGAUGACGAGAGCCCUACAUUAAAUUCGGUGUCACUUGAACUGGACGACGUUUUAGGUGUCGAAUACUCGUCUAAGUUCUUGCGUAAAUCAGCAAGAUUGUGCAUUUUUUUGAAAGACUCUACCUCUACUGCGAAUCCUGGCGCUACAGACACCGUGGGUCCCUCGAAUGAGAAGAGUUGUUGGACGUGUCCAAUUUGUGCAUUUGAGAAUAAGACUCUUGAGCAUCUAACACAAGACAAUAUACACUCUUUCCCAUGCUCCAAUUGCGGCAUUGCGCCUGAUUUCCAAAUGAUUGAGGGAUCUAUCAGAUAUCUAGAAAAUGCUCUCUCAGUUUUUGAAAACGUUGAAGAUACUGAAUGUCCGGCUUGCACAUUUCUUAACCACCCAUCUUUGAGGAACUGCGAGAUAUGUGGCACGAGGCUACCUUCCAAUUUGGCUGGGGACAGAUACCCUAGCAGCACUGACAAGCGAGUGAAAGUUGAGCUUGAGACAAAAGACGGACUCACAAAAGGUGAGCCAGUAUACGUCCAGUUAAGUUUCCGCUCAUCUGACGGGCUCCUGCUCUCUCAAACUAUUUCAAACCUCAUAUCAGACCAGCGCCGAGAUAAAUCCCAAAAGGUUUACAACAAAGGUGCCAGUUCCAUCAACGGUGUCCAACCUAUGAAAAAUGAGCUUUUGGAGACGGAAACUGAGCUGGGCCGUGUAGGAAUUGCUAGCCUGGAGAAGUCCCAGGAAGAUCGAUUGAUCAAUAACGAUAUAAUGCUCGGAAACGCCCUAACAGACCUAAACAACUUGAUGGCCCUAGCUUCUGAUAUUGAAAAGCUUUAUGAUACAGCAGAGCAGUCUAAACCGCAACGAAACGCGCCGCUACUGACAGUUGAUAGGGAAAAAUUCCUCACUAAGGACUUGUUCAUCAAAGAGAUAUCCAGAGAAUUGCACGGUUUCAUAAUGAACGAAUUUCAAGAGCAAAAAGAGACCGAGGGAGUGAUUUUAAUCUCGCUCGUUGAUACUUAUGCUUUGUACAACAAGACGAUGCGAAUCGGUUCGGGGCUCAUUUCCCCUCAAGAACUAUGGGAAGCCUGCAAAAAAUUCGAAGAGUUGGGACUCAGUGAUCUUCAGCUCACAACCAUCAACGGCCGGGUACUCUGCAUAUCUUCGGGAGACUCAUUCGCGUUUGUGAAGAAGAAAAUUUGGAAUAUAGUCACGACAUCUCCAGGCGCCGAUCUUCUCGAGCUAAGUCGACAGCUGAACAAUAAUAAUAUGAAUUCUUGGACGGCAGGAAUCAUUAUGGAGGCGCUAAAUAACUGCGUCAAUGAGGGUCAACUAUUAAUUGAUGAACAGAUAACCGGUGUCCACUACUAUGCGAAUUUCGAUUGGAGGAUAUAG